AUGGCUGCUCCAAAAGUUGCUAUUAUUAUUUACUCCUUAUAUCACCAUAUCUCCACCUUAGCCACCGAAGUUAAAGAAGGUGUCGAAGAAGCUGGUGGUGUUGCUGAUAUUUAUCAAGUUCCAGAAACUUUAAGUGAAGAUAUUUUAAAAAUCUUACAUGCUCCUGCAAGACCAGAUGUUCCAAUUGCUACUUUAGAAACUUUAGAACAAUAUGAUGCUUUUGUCUUUGGUGUUCCAACCAGAUUCGGUAACUUCCCAGCCCAAUGGAAAUCCUUCUGGGAUUCUACUGGUCCAUUAUGGGCUAAAGGUGCUUUAAAAGGUAAAUUCGCUGGUGUUUUCGUCUCCACUGGUUCUCCAGGUGGUGGUCAAGAAGCCACUGUUAUCAAUACUUUAUCCACUUUAACUCAUCAUGGUAUUGCUUUCGUUCCAUUAGGUUUCGCUAACCCAGCCCAAGGUUCUUUCGAUAAUGGUAUUCAAGGUGGUUCUCUUUGGGGAGCUGGUACUUAUGCCGGUCAUGAUGGACAAAGAAAAGUUACUGAUAUUGAAAAAUCAAUUGCAAAGACUCAAGGUCAUGAUUUUUACAAAACCAUUACUAAAUUCGCUUAA